AUUCAUGGUCAAUGGGCAAAGUGGACAAAUGGAUUAAGACAAUGAAGAGAAAUGAAUUACAGACAACAUCUGCUGAGCCAUCACACUCAGUUUUUGGAUGUUUAUAAAAAAACAAAGGAAAUUAUUUUGGAGUGGAAUUCUGCCUUUGGAAUAUGAUGAAAUUAUGACAGCUUAACAUUGCCAUAAUAAGAAAAUAGGCCAGAUAUGACAGCAUUGUGAAAUGACCUCCAAACACACAUAGAGAAGAAUUUGUGAAACUGGAUACUACUGUUCUGCUGCAGAGCGCAACACAGCAGAUGUUGUCUAUAGCAGACAUGAGAACUCUGACAUGUUGGAGGAUUUCAGCCUUAUUUAUUAUACAGCAAACAUGGAUAUUAGCUAUGGAAAUACCACCUGAAGUUAGACAACCUCCAAUGAUCAUCAAAGAAAGUGUUCAAGAUCACAUUGUAGAUCCGGUUGAUCCGAUUAUAGUGGAGUGUGAAGCGACAGGCAACCCUCCUCCAGUCUUUACAUGGACGCGCAAUGGUGUGUACCUGAACGUAGCUCGAGAUCCCCAGGUCAGCAUGAGAAGACGUUCUGGCACGUUGGAGAUCUUCUUUUGGGGUCGUCCUGCAGACUAUGAGGGAGUGUAUCAGUGCACAGCAACCAAUGAGUUUGGCUCUGCUUUGUCAAGUUACAUCCACCUGCGUGUCUCUAAGGCCCGCACGUGGUUAAAAGAAUAUCUGGAGCCAGUCUCGGUGGUUGUUGGACUUCCUCUGAUUCUCCCCUGCAAUCCUCCUGAAGGUCCUCCAAAACCUGACACCUUCUGGUUAAACAGCACUAUGGCUCCAAUCCGUCAAGAUCGGCGAGUUUCCAAGGCAGAGAAUGGAGAUCUGUACUUCUCCAGUAUCGUAGCAGAAGAUGCUCUUACCAAUUACGUCUGUGUUGCUCGCUUCCCCUUCACAAACACCAUCCAGCAGAAGCCACCACUCAUCCUACAGGUGCUCACAGCUCGAAUGGCGGCCAACGCAGCACCCAAGUUCUUGAAACCUAAAGGAUCUAUGAGCACAACAAUUGCAAUGCUGGGCGAAGAACUCAUUUUGGAGUGUUUUGCUGCUGGAGUUCCAACUCCCUCCAUCAAAUGGACUAAGAAUUGGGGCGAGCUGUCCAUGACAGGGAAGAAAUUGGAGAACUUCAACAAGACGCUCAGGAUAAAGAGGGUCGGCAUAGAUGAUGGAGGAGACUACAUCUGCACCGCUUCCAACAGAAUGGGCAGUCUGGACCACACCAUCACUGUCAGGGUCAAAUCGGUUCCUUUCUGGGUGGAGAAACCUGAGAGUCUGGUGUUGUCGCGUGAUGAUGGUGGCAGUAUAGUGUGUAGAGCUGAUGGUAUUCCUCGACCUCAGAUCCAGUGGAUGGUCAAUGGAGAGCCAAUCGAUGAAGCCCCUAAGAGCCCCGGCAGACAGGUGUUAGGAGACACUUUGACAUUUCGUUCUGUGGUUCCCGACAGCGUUGCGGUUUUCCAGUGUAACGCUUCAAACCCCUAUGGUUACAUCAUGGCCAAUGCAUUCCUGGCUGUGAUGGAUAUGAGACCACGUCUGUUGGGACCCAGAGAUGAAGUUGUUAAAACAACAGAAGGCAAUCAUACUCAUUUAGACUGUCCAUAUUUUGGCUCUCCCAAACCCAACCUGCGGUGGUCAAAAGGUGUAACAGGUUCCUUAGGAGGAGGUCAUUAUAGGGUUCUUCCAAAUGGCACACUAGAGAUCCAAAACACGAGGAUGCAAGAUCAGGGAACCUACGUUUGUGUUGCGAGCAACGUCAUUGGACAAGAUCAGAAGGAGGUUCAACUAGAGGUCAAAGAGCCCAUUAAAAUCAUUCGUGCCCCACACAAUACCGAAGUCAUCAGAGGGAGUCUCGCUCGCUUUGACUGCAAGAUUAAUUUUGACCCGACUCUGGACAUUACUGUUACUUGGCUUAAGGACAAGAAGUUCUUGAUACUUGGAAGAAGGAUGACAAAGGAUGAAGAUACUCUGAGUAUUGUUGAUGUGUACAGAAGGGAUGAAGGCUUGUACACCUGCAGAAUUAAAAGUGAACUGGAGGAGGUCACUGUUUCAGCCAAACUUACUGUGAUGGAUCGUCCAGAUCCCCCCACUGAUUUAGAGAUCUCUGACCCAUCGGAGAGGAGUGUUAGACUCACCUGGAUACCAGGACUGAGCAACCACAAUCCUAUAAAAGAAUACUUGGUUCAAUAUACUGAAGAUCUGCUCGCUGACUAUUGGCUGAUCCCCAGUGGCUGGAAGAACCUGACCAGUUAUCCUGGCAACCUAAACUCUGUCGUUUUACAGCUGACACCAUUUGUGGAGUACCGAUUCCGGGUCAUUGCUAUAAAUGGUAUCGGACCCAGUAAACCCAGUUGGCCAUCUGCGUACUACCAGACUGGUGGAGCAGUACCUGAUGCCAUUCCAAGAAACAUCCAAGGACUGGGCACAGGAGUGUUCAGAAAUAACAUGGAAAUUAGCUGGGAGCCACUGGAAUACAGGGAGUGGAACGGCCCGAAACUAGGCUACAUGGUUUGGUGGAGACGCAGGGAUUCAAGGGAGGAGUGGAAGAACUACACAACAUACUGGUGGUGCAGCUACAUCGUCUAUGACACCGACACCUUCACGCCCUAUGAGAUUAAAGUUCAGGCCAUCAACUUCUUCGGCUAUGGCCCAGAAUCCCCCGUCAUCCUUGGCUACUCUGGAGAGGACCGUCCUAUUGCUGCCCCAUCUGAUCUAAGAGUAGAUGACAUCGAAAGCACAAAGCUGACGGUUCAUUGGGAACCAGUGGCACGAGCUGACAUCAUGGGUGAAAUAAAGGAGUACAAGGUUUAUUACUGGCGAGAAAGCAGCCGCCUAGCGUCGCACAUUGUGAGCAGGAGAAUUAAGACCAAGAGUUUUAAAGCGAAUGGGCCACGUCUGUCUGGAACAUUGACUGGUCUUGUCCCUUAUAGUAACUACAAGAUGUAUAUUGUAGUGGCCAAUAAUCGCUUUGAGGGUCCACCUAGCCACACCAUUGAGUUUCAGACGCCUGAAGGAGUGCCAUCGAUUCCCAGAUCGUUUAGGAUAAUGCACCGGCACUAUGACACCAUCUAUCUGGACUGGGAAGAGCCUGCAGAACCCAAUGGUGUUCUGACCGGAUAUGUUCUCAAAUACCAGACCUUGAACGUAACACUUGGGGACCGAAUCAAGGUAGAAGACAUUCCUCCAAACAUCACCUACUUUUCUCUCCGCCGUUUUGACCGAUACACACGAUACAAGUUUUCACUGGCGGCACAAACGCAGGUCGGAGUCGGGGAGGCGUUCACGGAAGAAUCGCCACAUUUUACAACCGAGGAAUACGCUCGGGAGCAGGUGGACAUCGUGACGCAGGGCUGGUUUAUCGGUUUGAUGUGUGCGGUUGCCCUACUGGUUCUCAUCAUGCUUAUAGUGUUUUUCAUCAAGAGAACCCGUGGAGGAAAAUACCCAGUGCGGGACAAGAAAGAUUUUGCAUUGGAACCAAUGGAUGAUAGAGAGAACGGGACAUUUGACUACAGGUCUCUUGAGAGGAUAACACGAGCGCCCACGCUGCCCUACUCCAGACGAGAGGAGGAAAGCUAUCAAGGACGCGGUCAAGGUUCAAUUGAGCACAUUGGGAGAAGAGCGAACAGUGAUGACAGCCUGAUGGAGUAUGGAGAGGGGGACGAGAUCGAGUUUAAUGAAGACGGCUCUUUCAUUGGAGAGUACACGGGCGUCAGCAAGAGGAACAUAGACAGGAGCCCAUACAAUGACAGCUCUGAGCCCACAUCUCCUGUGGCCAUCUACUCUUUUGCUUAGAGCUCACGGUGGUCGAAAUACAGAACUGAGAGUGAUACGAUGCUCCACGUGACCUGUCGAACAGGUUUUUAAAGGUAUUUGGGCAUAAAGGUAAAUGAAGCGGUGUUUCUGGGGAUUUUCCAAAUCACAAAUCAUGUUAUGAUUGAAAUCAAGGAAGCAAGACAAGGACGUCCUGAUGAUUUUAUCAUGUUGAUAAGACGACAGAAGAGCAACUAUGACUGAUGGAUAAGCUGGACAAACCUGUGUUUGUUCACCAAAAUUCAAGAACUUCAGCAAUGCUUUGUCACAUAAAAUCACUGAUAGUUCUUACUAAUGCUUGAUUAUUUUAUAUUGCAAGAUACAUUUGUAUUUGUGUGUUAAUUCUUUAUUAAUGUUGGUGACAUUAAUAGGAUACAGUCUACCCCUAAGCUGCUGGUUGUGGUACACUAAUUUAUUGUGCAUGAUGUUUAUUGUGUUUAUCUAUCACAGGUGUUUUAGUGCUUUAGUCAUUAAAAUGCAUGAGCUGAAUAAAUGACUGUGUCUGUGUGAAGUAAGCAGACCUUCAAUAUAGGCUUCAUGUGCAUGUAAUGACUUUUUAUGCAAUACUGGAGUGUACACUGUCAGAAGAAAUGGUAAAAAAGGUCACUGGGGAAGUACCCUUUUAAAAGUACCAUUUGUGUAUAGAUAUGUACACUCUAUAAAGGUUAUUUUCGACCCAGCGUUGGGUUAAAUUAACCCAGAAAUGUUUAUUUCACCCAACAAUCCAGUAUUUUGUUACAUGGCAUUUGGUCACACACAUCAGAGACAAUGCAAUUUGUCAGUAAAAUCACAAACUUUGUUUAAAAUAAUAGUUACCUAAUUUCCUGUUAAAGGUGCAGUGUGUAAAUUUUAGCAGCAUCUAGUGGUGAGAUUGCGAAUUGCAACCAACGGCUCAGUCCACUGCUCACCUCUCACUUUUGAAACACAUAGAAAAGCUACGGUUGCCGCCACCAGACAAACAUGUCAUCGUCGGAGACAACUUAGUAAAAAAAAAUUUGUCCAUUAAGGGCUUUUGUAGAAACAUGGCGGCAAAAAAUGGCGACUUCCAUGUAAGGGGACCCUCGGUGUAUGUAGAUAAAAACGUCUCAUUCUAAGGUAAUAAACACAUAAUGGUUCAUUAUGAAAGGUCUUUAUACACCCCUAAUAAUAUAGUUUUGUAUAUUAUUUUGCAUUUCUGUCAAGAGAUCCUUCUAAAAAUUACACACUGCACCUUUAAAAGUCAUCUUAAAGAAAUGGUUCAGUGGAAAAUCUAAAAAUUCUCUCAAUGUACACACACUCAUUCCAUACUAGAUGUAUAUCACAUCAUGAAACAUAUAUAUGACAACUAGUCAUGACGCAUACGAGAACCAAUGAGAUUUGAUGUUAUCGAUGUGCCCAAAUGCAAUUUCUCAGUCAAAUCAAUACACAUGUUUAACUAAUAGGAUUUUCCUGUUAGUUAACUAUUACUACUAACUAACAGGAUACUCUCCACUAGAUGGCAGACCUUGAUUUAGUAUCAUUUUUAUCACAAUACAGGUUUACAACAAUCAUUAAAAAAGCUUGAGAUUAACAUUCUCACAUGUGAAAUUAGCCAGAUAAAGUUAAUGAUUUUUGUUCAAGUUCCCUGUGCUAAACAAAGUAUUUUACGUCAUUUUCUUGCAGCACUUCCUCAUUACUUAAUCCAGCAGCUAUUAGUUUAAAGAUCCAUCCAGUUAAAACACUAAAUGAGCGAUUUAGUUAAAGCCAAAUGGAUCCAAUAACACACAUGUAAAUGAGUAAAUGACCCCACACUGUUUUAUGACCACAUCGCCAGUUUGCUAUGUAACACAUUUAUCCAAAGCUAUGAAUAGUCUCUGAUGUGGCAAAGUAGUUAUCUUUAAAAAUGAAAGACAAAGUUAGUCAUUAGACAACUUUUGGUUCUGAGAAUUAAUUUUUGCACACAAUGUUUCAGUUUUUUAAAUAUUGUUUUAUGUUUAAAGAGAUAGUUCACCCAAAAAUGAAAAUAAU